AUGAGCCGCCAGUUGACCCUCUUAGCAGGCGGCGAGCGCCUGGGCUUCAGCGGUUGCUCGGCUGUCCUCUCCGGCCGGUUUGGAAGCAGCCGCUCUUCGUUCAGGGCCGGGGCCAAGGGGGCGACGCCCUUCGGCAGCAGGAGCCUCUUCAGCCUGGGAGGCAGCCGGCGCCAGGCGCGCAGCGCUGGGUUGGAGCGCGGCGGCGGCUUCGCGCUGGGCCAUGGCGGCGCGGCCAGUGGCCGCCCAGGAGGCUUUGUAGGCACCAUUUUCGGCAGCGCGGGGCUGGGGCCAGCAUGUCCCUCCGUGUGCCCGCCCGGUGGCAUCCCUCAGGUCAUCGUCAACAAGAGCCUCCUGGCUCCCCUCAACGUGGAGCUGGACCGUGAGAUCCAGAAGGUGCGCGUACAAGAGCGAGAGCAAAUCAAGGUGCUGAACAACAAGUUUGCCUCCUUCAUCGACAAGGUGCGGUUCCUGGAGCAGCAGAACCAGGUGCUGCAGACCAAGUGGGAGCUGCUGCAACAACUGGACCUGAACAACUGCAGGAAGAAGCUGGAGCCCAUUUACGAGGUCCACAUCAGCAGCCUGCGGAAGCAGCUGGAGGCAUUGUCUGGGGACAGGGUGAGGCUGGAAUCAGAGCUGAGGAACAUGCAGGACAUAGUGGAGGACUACAAGAAGAGGUAUGAGGUAGAGAUUAACAGACGCACUGCUGCUGAGAAUGAGUUCGUGGUGCUGAAGAAGGAUGUUGAUGCUGCCUACAUGAACAAGAUCGAUCUGCAGGCCAAGGUGGACUCUUUGACAGAAGAUAUUAAAUUUUUCAAGUACCUUUACGAAGAGGAGAUUGUUCAGAUGCAGUCCCAUGUCAGUGACACAUCUGUCAUUCUGUCCAUGGACAAUAACCGGGACCUGGAUCUGGGCAGCAUCAUUGAUGAGGUUCGAGUACAAUAUGAGGAGAUCACCCAGAAGAGCAAGGCUGAGGCUGAGUGCCUGUAUCAGACCAAGAUCCAGGAGCUUCAGGUCACAGCAGGUCAGCAUGGGGAUGACCUCAAACUCACCAAGGCUGAGAUCUCCGAGGUCAACCGGCUGAUCCAGAGGCUGCGCUCAGAGAUAGGGAAUGUGAAGAAACAGUGCUCCAACCUGGAGACGUCUAUCACUGACACAGAGCAGCAGGGAGACUGUGCCCUCAAGGACGCCCAGGCUAAGCUCCAUGAGCUGGAGGGUGCCCUGCAGCAGGGCAAGGAGGAGCUGGUCCGGUUGCUGCUGGAGUACCAGGAUCUCUUGAAUGUGAAGAUGGAGCUGGACAUCGAGAUCACCACCUACCGCAUGCUGCUGGAGGGCGAGGAGAGCCGGAUGUCUGGUGACCACCCAAAUUCCAUGAGUGUCUCAGUGAUCAGCAGCACUACUGCUGGGACAGGAGGAGCUGGUUUUAGUGUGGGCUUUGGUGCCUCAAGCAAUUACAGCUACAAGCCUGCAGCAGUAGAUGUCAAGACCAAAAGCAACCAUGUCAGCGUCAGCGAGCUCAAGGAUCCUCUCAGCAAGACCUCAGGCAGCAGCUGUGGACCCAGAAAGACCUCCAGAUGACAGGCAGUUGGGGUGCUGUGAGCAGAAGGCUGCAGAGCCCAGCCACUUCCUCCUCUCCUGGGCCCUUUCCAGGUCAAGAAGUCCCUGUCUCUUACCACAAUCUCAAUGCUACCAUUUCUUCAUGUUCUGGGAAGGCCAGCCAAGGGCUGUGUCACUGGGAUUCUUUCCAGUCACCUUUCACUGGGUGACUUCCCCCGCCCACAGAGCUAAUGCACACACCUUGGAUGUCUCCAUGCAGCCAGCUGCCAGCUCCUCUGCCCAGUGCCUUUGGGACCUUUAAUGCCGAGGGGCUUUUUUUGUCCUUUGAC